CAACAACAACAACAACCCUGUGAGGUGUCUAAUGGGAUGAGGCAUAACAACAUUUUGGAACUGAAGAGCUUCCCUUGCUCCAUUAAGCCACAAAGCAAUCCUUCAUCAAGCCUGUUUUUGGGUGAAAUGUGUUCCAGACUACACCAGCCGUCUUUUCAGUGAAUCUGCUCCAGCAUAAAUCAGAAAUGGUCAGCAGCUAGCCUCUUCCCAUAUCAGACAAUGGCAAAAGAAAAGAAGAAAAAAAGAACCAGAGCUACAGACCAUUUUCCUGGAAGAUUUGAAGAUUUGUACAAACUCACUGCAGAGUUGCUUGGUGAGGGGUCCUAUGCCAAGGUACAGGGAGCGAUUAGCUUGCAAAACGGGAAGCCAUGUGCAGUUAAAAUAAUUGAAAAAUAUGCUGGGCAUACAUGGAGUCGGGUGUUCUGAGAAGUGGAAACAUUGUGUCAGUGUCAGGGUAACAAGCUCUAUCCUGGCCCACAUACAGAAGCAAAAGCACUUUAAUGAGAGAGAAGCCAGCAGGGUGGUGAGAGACGUUGCCUGUGCCCUGGAUUUCCAGCACACAAAAAGAAUUGCUCGUCGAGACCUAAAACCUGUAAACAUAUUUUGUGAAUCUCUCAAUAAGGUGUCACCAGUGAGAAUUUGUGAUUUUGAUCUUGUAAGUGGGGUCAAGGUCAACAGUGCAUGUACUCUGAUCACUAUGCCUGAGUUGACUACUCCAUGUGGUUCUGUGGAGUACAUGGUCCCUGAGGUGGUAGCAAUCUUCACAGAGGAAGCCACAUUCUCUGACAAGUGCUGUGACCUGUGGAGCUUGGUUGUGAUUUUGUACAUCAUGUUAACUGGCUUCCCAACUUUUGUUGGGAACUGUGACACAGAUUGCAGCUGGGACAGGGGAGAAGUCUGCAAAAUUUGUCAGAACAAGCUCUUUGAGAGGAUCCAGGAAGGCAAGUAUGAGUUUCCUGAUAUGGACUGGUCUCAUAUCUCCAGUGAUGAGAAAGAUCUCAUCUCAAAGUUGCUAGUCUGUGAUGCCAAAAAGAGGCUUAAUGCUGCUCAGGUUCUACAGCAUCCAUGGGUACAAGGUCAUGCUUCUGAAAGAGGACUGCCCACACUGCAGAUUCUUCAAAGGAACAGCAGUACAAAAGAGCUCACUCUUUUUGCAGCUGAGGCUAUUGCUCUAAACUGCCACUUCUCCAAGCACGGGAAUCUUCAACACCUGAACCAGGUUGGGCCAUAUCCAUCCUCCAUAGACUCACAAACUACCCAUGUGUCUUUCCAAAUCAUAAAAUCAUAG